UAAUAAUAAUCUCGAGUGAUUGUCAGUGUGAUGAUCAUCUGCUAAAUGUGCAACAACGACCACAAUUCACUCCUUCAGUCAGUGAAGCUCCCACAGCCGUUCAUGAGAGUUUAAAUGCUGGGGAAUAUUCCCAUCUUCCCACAGGAGAAGAAGCAAGCAGGAGGAAUUACUCCAGGAGAAACUACAGACAUACUAUUGUAAAGAUGGAGAUUAAGGAAGAACCCUGUAGAAUAAAAGAUGAAGAUACAGAGGAACAAAUAGGAGAAGAAGCAAGCAGGAGGAAUUACUCCAGGAGAAACUACAGACAUACUAUUGUAAAGAUGGAGAUUAAGGAAGAACCCUGCAGAAUAAAAGUUGAAGACACAGAGGAACAAAUAGGAGAAGAAGCAAGCAGGAGGAAUUACUCCAGGAGAAACUACGGACAUACUAUUGUAAAGAUGGAGAUUAAGGAAGAACCCUGCAGAAUAAAAGAUGAAGAUACAGAGCAACAAAUAGACCGGAUGGAAGUGAAUGAAGACAAACACCAUCAUUUCACAAAUAAAGAAGGAAAACUGACAUAUAAAAAUGAAGACAAACAUCUGUUACAAAAACCUCAUCACUUCAAAAAUGAAGACGGAAAUGCAGUCGUUUCAAAGACUGAAGAGAAUUUCACACAAAAACAAGCUGGAAAGUCUGAAUUCAAAAGAUCUUUCACCUGCACUGAGUGUGGAAAGAGUUUCAUUCAGAAAGGAAAUCUUAAUAAGCACAUGAGAAUUCACACUGGAGAAAAACCAUUCACAUGCACUCAGUGUGGAAAGAGUUUCACACAGAAAGGUCAUCUCAACUCUCAUAUGCACAGUCACUCUGGAGUGAGAUCAUUCAGCUGUGAUCAGUGUGAUAAAACAUUUGUUUUUGAAUCAGGCUUAAGAGGACACCUUAAUGUUCAUUCUGCUGUGAAGUCUCACUUUUGUUCGGUUUGUGGAAAGAGUUUUUCACAUCUUAGAUGUUUAAAACGGCAUGAGCGUAUUCAUACUGGUGUGAGACCUUAUGUGUGCUCUGACUGUGGAAAGACCUUCACUUCAUCCUUCGACUUAAAAACACACCAGAGAGUUCAUACUGGAGAGAAACCGUACAAGUGUUCACACUGUGAAAAGAGUUUCUCUCAGUCAGGACACCUGAAAGAUCACGAGAGAGUUCACACUGGAGAGAAACUGCACCAGUGCUCUUCAUGUGGGAAGAGUUACAGUUAUUCAUCUGCUCUACUGAAACAUAAGAAAAAGCAUUGUCCGAAGUUGUCUUAAGUGAGCAAAGUUCAGAUCCAUAACUUGUAAAUAAGCAAAAGAUGCAAUUACCUUUAAUAAAGCAAUUAAAAUAUAAGAUAUACC